UUCACUUCCUUUCAUCCCCAUCAAAUCACAUCCGUCCACGUCACCUCGAAUAAUCCACCGCUGCCGUUGGAUAUGCUCCCACUCGGGUUUUAUCCGGUAUAUCCUUUUUCUUUUCUCUUUAAUUAAACUCCCCAGGUUUGACUAUUGCCACGUCUCAAGAAUAUUCCAUAUCAAAAUACCUCUGCGCCCCCGGGACUCUCUUUCCCAAAAUUAAAAAUCCUCUUUAUAAAAGCCUAAUCCUUUUCCUCCAUCCCACUCCCCCGAGAUAUACCCACUAAAUAAUAUUUAUAUUAUUCUUCCAAACAGGAAAUGGCAGGUCUUCCCAGACCCAAGAGAGUCACCGACCCUCUUCGCGACAAGGUUAGGGCACAGCUCUUCGGCGGUCACCACCUCAGCUACGGAAGCAGCGGCAGCGAACACUCAGCCGAAGAUGACUCCCCUUGUCUUUCCGAGCUCGUUCAUGGCUUCCUUGAGGACGAUCCCAGGGCUGAGCCCUCCGGCUACGACUCUGGCUCCGACAAAAUUGAUUCCACCGUCGACUUUACGGAGCUGAUCCAGGAAGUUGAGAGAUUCGUAGCCACAAGCAAUGUCGAUCCGUACAGGAACCUGCUCUGGAAACACAUCUCCAAGGCGACGGAAAUGUUUGCGUGUUUCAGAUCACAACCACCCAUUUUCAGGCGGAAUUUGAUGUUGUUUCUUCGCGAAAUGGGCCACAAUGCGGCGAUCUGCAAGACUAAGUGGGACUCCUCGGGCGGGCUUACCGCCGGAAACUACGAGUUUGUCGAUGUCGUCUACUCCCGCGGCGCCGCAUGUCAGGUUCGUUACUUCGUGGAGGUGGACUUCGCAUCGGAGUUCGAGAUUGCUAGGCCGACGGAUGAGUAUCCUCGUCUCUUGCAGGCGCUUCCCAGGGUUUUUGUGGCGACGAGCGAGGAGCUGAAGAGGAUCGUGCGGAUCAUGAGCGACGCAGCUAGGAGAUCGCUCAAGAGCAGAGGCCUGUCUCAGCCUCCGUGGAGGAAGAACCGUUACAUGCAGAAUAAGUGGUUGGGUCCGUACAGACGAACUUCCAGUGCCACUCCUGCAUCCUCUUUCACCCCGUCAAUCCCCGCCGUAAACGCCGUUAAAUGCAGAUCGGUAGGGUUCGACGACGCCGUCAACGGCCAUCAUUUUGUCCGUACUAGAUGAGUCCACGACGGAGAUUUCAAGUCUUCAUUUAAAAAAAAAAAAAAAAAAGGAUUGUCGCUCUUUUAUUUUUUCUUUGUUUCAUAAAUAUAAUAAUUUUAAAAAAGAAAACGGGAGAGAAGUGAGAUAAAUUGGAUAAAAGGAAUAGUGCUACGCGGCAAAUGCACAAUGUGCACAUGGCGGGCGCAUUAUAGGAUGUAUCAUAUACAUGCAGCAAAAUCAGAUAUUAAAGAAAUGUUGGCCACUUGAUUUCA